CAGUUUCCACCGGAGAUAAAAGUUCAAGUGCUGAUAAGUGACAAAACUUUUACUCUCAAUCCAAACCAUAAAAAUUCGUGUUUAACCACUCACAAGGAUGCGGCAGUCAACGGAGCUCACCCUGUCCGUCCCCUGGGGUCACGUAUCGGCGGUAUCCUGGGGCUCCCCAAAGAACCGUCCAGUACUGGUCGUCCACGGUAACCAGGACAACGCAGGCGCCUUCACGCGCCUCAUCCAGCUGCUCCCCGACACCUACCACUACGUCGCCAUCGACCUCCCCGGCCACGGUCUCUCCUCCCACUUUCCCCCCGGCAUGUUCCUGGACUUCUUCAACUUCGUGUUGGCGAUCCACUACGUCCUGGACGCGCUCAACUGGGAGAAGUGCCUCUACCUGGGUCACAGUUUCGGGGGACAGAUAGGCGUCAUGUACUGCAUUUUUUACCCCGGGAGAAUCGAGAAGAUGAUAACCAUCGAUGCCCUCAUGGCCGAGGGGUUCACGCCACCCGAAGCCUUCGAGAGACUGAAGAUAAUCCAUAAAUCCACCCUCUUGGCGUUCGAGAAGAAAGACGAGAGACUCUACACCGGUGAGCAAGUCCUCGAUGCGCUCAUGAAUAGGCGACGGUUCAAAUUGACCAGAGAGGCUGCGGAGGCCCUUAUGGUAAGGGCUGUCACCAGAGUCGGGGACAAGUACAAGUACAACCGGGACAUUAGGAUGAAGAUUCAUGUUGGACUUUGCUUCAGCGAUGAGCAGAAUUUUGAAUUCUUCAAGCAUCUUCGCACUCCGGUGCUCUUCCUCCUCGCCAAGGACUCCUGGUUUGGACUCGUGAAGAAGCUCCAUUUGGCGGAGAAGUACAAGGAGCUGUUUACAGAGUUUUUAACGAUGGUCACUAUCGAGGGAAAUCACGAUGUUCAUAAUAAUAUACCGGAGAAUGUCGCGCCGCAUGUUAUCGCUUGGUUCGAUGAUGGUGCGAAGAGUAAAUUGUAGGGGGCGGAGAGGAAAUACGAAAGAAUAUUUUUUCAGGAAAUCUCAUUUUGUGGAUAAAUUUUUUUUCCAUAUUUUGUAGGUGUUAAUCAUAUAAUCGGAAAAUUAAUGAGGAUUGAUUUAGGAAUUGCGUAUGAAUUAGGGGAGCGUUAAGGGUUAAAUGGGAGAGAAGGGGAAGGGGCUCAGAGGGAUUGACCUGUCUCUCCCGGUUGGCGAUAAAGAACGUUUAAACUGCUGUCCCGUUUGAUCCUCAAAAAUCAAAAUUUGUUAUCGGUCCAUCUUGUCAAGGGUCAAAUGUCUCUCCUGCUUGACCCUUAAGAAUAUUUAACCCUUCUUCCCCGUUUGACCCUUCAUCUGUCUCUCUUGGUUGGCGAUAAAGAAUGUUUGACCCUCAUGCUCUCCCGGUUGACCCUCAGAAUUCGAAAUUUGUUAUCGUUCCACCCUGUCGAGGGUCAAAUGUCCCUCCCGCUUGACCCUUAAGAAUAUUUAACCCUUCUUCCCCGUUUGGCCCUUCAUCUGUCUCUCCUGGUUGGCGAUAAAGAACGUUUAAACUGCUCUCCCGUUUGACCCUCAAAAAUCAAAAUUUGUUAUCGUUCCAUCUUGUCGAGGGUCAAAUGUCUCUCCCUCUUGACCUUUAAGAAUAUUUAACCCUUCUUCCCCGUUUGACCCUUCAUCUGUCUCUCCUGGUUGGCGAUAAAGAAUGUUUGACCCUUUUGCUCUCCCGUUUGACCCUCAAAAUUCGAAAUUUAUCGUGCCACUUUGUCGAAGGUCAAAUGUCUCUCCCGCUUGACCUUUAAGAACAUUUAACCUUGCCGAGGAUCAAAUGGCCCUCCCGUUUGACCCUUAAAACUCGAAAUUUGUUAUCGUUCCACCCUGUCGAGGGUCAAAUGUCUCUCCCGCUUGAGACUUAAGGACAUUUAGCCCUUCUCCCCUGUUUGACCCUCGACGUCUCUCCCGUUUAAACCUUAAAAAUCGAAAUUUAUUAUCGUUCCACAUUGGCGAGGGUCUAAUGUCCCUCCCGAUUAACCCUUCUUCUCCCCCGUUUGACCCAUGAUCUGCCACUAACUAUAAACCCAUUGCUUCGUGAAAAUCAUGAAUCGUCUACGAGUGAGAAGAGUAGGGAGGCCCUCAAUGUAUUAGUGCGCCAUAAGAAAGGUGUGAGAGUGUUCAAUGGCUUAAAUAUGUAUCUUUGUAUUGUUGCAACUUUUUUUUAGCAGAAUAAAUCGAAUGAUCUGAAUGCUCA